GCUGAUCGAUGUUCCCUGUUUUCUUAACAGUUUUUGGAAAUUUAUUCUCGAAAUGCUAGUUCGUAAACCGCGUUGUUAUAGUUUUGACUGCAGGGAACUUAAUUCAAUCAUUUUAUCUCGUUAAAGAUGGUUUAUGAAGGAGAAAACAACACAUUCCAUAAUGGAUUGGGAACAGAUGAAAAGAAUAUGUCAGUUUUUCAUUCACUUCAGGAAUUUCCAAGUGGCACAGAUGAGUGGAAAUAUAGUAUGCGGAGAUGUAUGCAAGAAAUAGUUCCGAGUCUAUUUCUUGGACCUUAUUCAGCAGCAAUCAAGUCUAAAUUAAAUGAAUUGAAAAGUCAAGGAAUCACUCACAUAAUUUGUGUCAGGCAUAUUUUAGAAGCCAACUUUAUAAAACCUAAUUUUGAAGACCAAUUCAAAUAUUUGGUGUUGGAAAUUGCCGAUUCAGUGACUGAAAACAUAAUUCAUCUCUUUCCUAUUAUUAAAAAAUUCAUAGAUGAAUGUUUAGCUUCGGGUGGAAAAGUAUUAGUGCAUGGAAAUGCCGGCAUAUCUCGUAGUGCUGCAUUAGUCCUAGCAUAUAUUAUGCAAAGAUAUGGAAUAACUUGCAAAAGAGCACAUGAAAUCGUUCAACAGAGGAGAUUCUGUAUAAAUCCUAACGAAGGAUUCAUGGCCCAGUUACGGGAGUUCGAAGCAAUAUAUCGGGCUCAGCGCGAGCUUACGGACGUCCAACCAUCCUCUGUAAAAGGAAGGCACAAAAGGACUUGUGAGGAAAUAGAAGAGAUAUAACUUAUCAUCUAAUAAACAUGUACAUAAAACAGUAUACUUAAUUAUUUAUUUAAUUUUGACUUUAAUUAUUUUUUUAACUUUAAAAAUUGAAAUGAUUUUUUUAACUCUUUUUAAAAGAGUUCUCAAAUGUUUCAGAAAUAUUGCCAAUUGCAUUUAGUUGUAAUUCUUAACAUAAUUUUUAAAAAAAAAUUAUG